UCAGUCGCCACUUGCGCCCAAUUCCAGGUCGCAAUUCUGGCUUUUUCAUCAACCAGGAACCCCUUCCCCAGCGCAACAUUCGAUGUUCUGUUUGACCAGAAAAAACCCCUGUUAAACUUUGAGUUCCUGCGACAACUGCGGCGCGACUUUCUCUCUUUCUCACUCCAACCUAUUCGACUUUUUGCCCAUGGCUGAAACGAAAUUCACGGCACAUCGGUCAAAGCGGGUCAAUUCGACUGCGAUUCUGAUGGGUUGAGAUGUCUAGACUCUUCAGUCUCCGGAAAGCAUGGAAACGGGAUGAUAUCGAGCAGGCAUACGAGCAAGUCGGUCGUGAGAAUGACACCCGCCACGUUCCAGCUACGUCCGGCUUGCCUCUCCUUCCGAGGCCGCUUGCCUCUAUGGUAUCAUUCAUGACUCAGUCGACUUCAUUAUCUCUUCGAAUUGGGUCAUUUGUCGGAGGCGCUGCGAUAGAUGGUGCGAGAACUACGACAUUGACCGGGCUGGAGCUCAGCAGAGCAAUACUAGAGGGGAUUUUGACAAGGGCUGGGCGCGAUGUUGUCAUCAGGAGCAGCGGAGAGUAUGGCAAGGCAGAAGCAGAGUCAUUACUCGAACGGAGCCUGGCUACUUUGCAUUCCACAAUAACCUCGGCAUCUUUUUUCGCCGCUGCCUCGUUUCAUUUCUCCUCAGCUACACUCUCAUCAGCAGCCAACAUGUCUCAGUCACUACUCUCCACAUUAGAUGCAACCCUUGGCUCUACUGAAUCAUCUAGAGCUAUUGCUGCAAUUGUAACCCUCUUCCGGAGCGAGCUCCGAGACCUCAACGAUUCCGAAUUCGGGACCGAACUUCGAGCCGGAAGAAUUGGUGUCGCAGAUCUAUUGGUUGGCUGUGUUGGAUUUGCACUGCUCCAGCGCUGGGGCCGAAAGAACACAGAACGGCAUGCACGUGGAAUCGGGGGUGUGGAAUCCGUAUGGGACGUGGUUAUCCUGGACAAUGGCGUGAGAGCAGAUGUUGUUGGUACACAUCAAAUGGAACAGCCGAGGGCUGCUAUUGAUGAACCGCGUGACGAGACAAAUCGCUCAUCAUUCAUGAGUACUGGGAACGAUGAAGAAGACUUCGAUGCUGUACAGCGACCAGCAAGCAUCAUUGAUUCCGCAGAAAGGUCCCACUUCUCUCUUCCCACGGAGAACUCACAUCAAAUCUUCGAUGAUGAUAUCCGCUUGUACAUCAUGAGACAAUUGCCUCAAGGUUGCCGUGCUUCUAUAAGAACCGACAUGGUGCAUGCCAGGACUAUCACGGUUGAAGUAUUUGAUGAUGACAUUGGAGAAAUAGCUGCUCCACCAGGUACAAUGAUGAUCGAGGAGAGACACCAUGAUGGUAAUCUCUCCAGAUCUUCUAGCCAGGGUCAGCUUCCUAAACAUACGAUGGUAUUCAGGACCGCCUUCACCAGGUCUAACAAUGCCGAUGUGAGACCAGCCAGUCAUCAAGACAGCAUGGCAUGGCAUGUGGGUGACGAAUGGGAACUUUCCCGGUCGCAUCGAAACCUCGGGGAUCCGUCGUUCGCCACAAUAGGAAACAGUCUUGACGACCCAUCAAACGAUAGGCUGAUGACCACAGAGCAGCUUUCACCCGAGGAUCGCUCAGAGGAUCCCACUAUCAGUAAAACUCGAAGUGUCAACCCGAAUCCUGUCAAGCUUGAUCGCGGGAAUCCAGACCCUUCGUCUCUCAACAAGCGAGCAGCCACAUUUAAAGAUAGUCCUGUGAAGUCUUCUCCCGCGAAAGGAGCGCAAAGGGUCAAGUCUAGCAAUAUUGGUAAAAAGGAUAUUGGCAAGCGCCCAUCCACGAAACUAUCUGCAGAGAAAGUAAAGCCCCCGCCAUCGUCCGAAAACGCGAUUCCACAAGGGAGACCUCUAAAGGGAGCAGCGAACGCGCGAAAGACAGCAGCACAACAGAGUCCCACCAAAUCCGACCGCAGCGGGGCUCACGAAGCAGCAGCGACAUCACCAAAACGCGGACCAUCAUCACCUGUAGCGAACAGAGGUUUGCCCAGAACCCCGUUGCAAGAGCAUCGUGUGAAACCCGCGGCUUUUCCAAAGACGGGCCGUCCUGAAGCCCGCGAGGGUAGCCACACAGGCAAUUCAAGAACGGAGUAUUACGCCGUGCGCGAAAAGUCAAAGGAAUCUCUUGUUAACCAGACGAAGGUCUAUGCUCAAGAACCACCAAACACACGACCCGGGUCCCCUGUCACAAGAAGAACCCAUGUGCGUAGUAGCAGUUCUCUGUCACUGACCAGGUCGGAAAGUGAUGUGACCAUCUACAUUAAUAAGGAUGGCCGUCCCAGCUCCUCUAUGUUGCACCAUCACACUCGAGCAUCAUCCCCGAGCAUAUAUUCUCUUGCCACAGCGGGGUCUGAAACAUCACUUCUACUCGCCCAUCGUCCUCGGAAAAGUGCUUAUGAUGAUAUAGAAGCACUUCAAAGCUUGGGCCGGGAUGGUACCGUGCCCGGCAUCUUCCCUGCAAAGCACUUUGUGCAGAACAUCAGACGUUUUUGCAGAUUCUCCUCGGCUUCAUAUGGAUCGCAUGCCUUGAAGGUCAUGGGUGUUCCGCGCCUGACUAGUGCUCUACCCACCGAAGAGGUAUCUAGCCCGGAACAUAGUGAUUUCUCUGAUCACACAGGCUUGCCGGCUUCCACGAUCCUCUUGUCCUCCUUCGUCGACUCUGCGGGUGGAACUAACGCCGCAGGGGAAACGGAAAGCGGUAUUCCUUUAGUACACUACCUUUUCCUUGACCAUGAAUCGAAAGCAGUUGUUCUGACUCUGCGAGGGACAUGGGGUUUCGAAGAUAUUCUGACCGACAUGACUUGCGAGUACGAUGACCUUGAGUGGCAAGGUAGGAAUUGGAAAGUCCACAAAGGAAUGCACGCUUCGGCCAAGCGUCUUCUGAUGGGAGGAGGAGGACGAGUCAUGUUGACGAUCAGAGCUGCACUAGAGGAAUUUCCAGAGUAUGGGCUGGUACUGUGUGGACAUUCGCUCGGGGGAGGCGUUGCUGCACUCCUUGCAACAAUGAUUUCCGAACCCAGCAGUGAUGCUUUUGGGGCAUCGUUCACAACCACUUCCUAUCAGACCACGAACUCGGGCUCAUCUGAUAGCGAUGAUCAAUCCUUUGGCAAAGCCUUCUUUGUGCCCCCCGGCCGGCCUAUCCAUGUCUAUGCAUACGGUCCUCCCGCGACAAUGUCGCCUUUCCUGCGUCGCGCAACGCGGGGAUUGAUCACUACCAUUGUUAAUGGUCAAGAUGUGGUUCCUUGCCUCUCGCUCGGCAUUUUGCAUGAUAUGCAUACAGUAGCUGUGGCGUUCAAGGGUGACAUCUCUGGCGCUCGCUCUCAUGUGGGAUUUCGAGUUUGGGAAGGCUUCAGGCAAAGUAUUGUGAACAAGUUCUACGUCAACGAGCCGCCUAUCCUCACACACGCCGGUCAUGGCGUAGGAGAAGAUGCGUGGGCAUGGAAUACAUUGAAGACGCUUCGUGAGGAAAUGAGCGCGCCCAAACUGCUACCACCCGGUGAGGUAUUUUUGGUGGAAACAAUGAGGGUUUUGCAGCGAAACGCUUUCACGUCUGAAGUGAGCAGUGAUGGCCAUCCAGUGUUAGGUCGGCCUGCAACCAGAGCACAAUUGAUAUUCGUUCGAGAUGUUGAAGCCUCUUUUGGAGAACUCAGGUUUGGCUCAGGAAUGUUUAGUGACCACAAUCCAGCAAGAUAUGAAGCGAGCCUUGCUGCACUUGCCCGUGGAAUUUUGGAUGAGUGAUUUGUUUUGACUUCAUGCCUACAACAUAAAGUGAUGCUUAUAUGAUCAUGUAUUUAUGAAGCCUCGAAAUACCGGUUCCAUUUAGUCUUCGUGGUUCUUGAAUAGGUAGUGGACGGGAGAAGAGUGAUUAUAUACAGUCGAAU